AUGUAUGUCAUCAAACGCUACCGAAACCCAAGUGAUACUCAAAAUGACAAAACAUCAGAUCAGACACUAGACAAUCACCCCGGCAAGCACCGGGAGUCUACCACCAACACUGACAUAUACAAUGACCCUGGUGAUCAGUCGAAGUUAUUCGACAAAUACCCUAAAUAUCGAUGGCCGGCCAUACUAUUAAGUGGUGUAUUUGUAGGCAGUUUUAAUUUGGUCGAGGCCUCGUACUUCACAUUUGCAUCCACCUACUUUCAAUACUGUCCCCUUAAGGUCAGUGCCACAAAGGCCUUGGAUGUGAUCACGGCGUUCACCACACCCUACACAGUGUUCAGAGGGCUCAGCAUUUUUAUGGCCAUUAAACUGUCCUCGAAAUACAUGCUUAUUAUCCACCAUCUAGUCUGUGUAAUAGGUAUCAUAUGCCUGGUGUUUGGUCGCAGUAAUAUGACCAUGCUAUACGUGGCCAAUGUGGUCAUGGGGAUCGGCUUAUCGGCUAUAAUACAUUCCUUUUUCGCAUUCGUGGGCCAACACAUCCGUAUGACUGAUAUGGUGGGAACGGUACUCAUAGUAUUCAUGUCGUCAUUCAAUAUACUGCCCCCAUAUCUCAUCGGACUGUAUAUUAAAUCCUUUUCCGAUAUGUUUAUACUGUUUGAGGCCCUUAUGCUCGGGGAUAAUUAUUAG